AUGAAGUUAGGCAUCACCAUGGACGAAUUGUCUCGUAGUCGUCUCAUGAUUCCAGGCUUCAAUCAAGGAGGACAAAGAGCUAUGGGCAUAAUCAGAAUUGAGCUCGUGAUAGGCGAUUUAAAGUCAAACACCCUAUUUCACGUGAUUGAUGCUAAGACCUCCUACAAUCUCCUAUUAGGAAGGCCAUGGGUGCAUGAAAAUGGGAUAGUGCCUUCAACCUUACAUCAAUGUUUCAAAUUUUACAGAGGAGGAGUAAAGAAAAUCUUGGGUGACGUCAAACCAUUUACUGAAGCCGAGUCUUACUUCGUGGACGCCAAAUUUACAUGGAUGAAAACAUGGUAUCUGAAGUUAUUCCCGUGGAGGUUCACUCGACAGGAAAAGCCAUGCCAAGAAGAGAAGAGCAUUAAAACUGCCCUCCCGCUGUAG